CUUUGGUCCCUUGCUCCUCUCCCUCUCCCUUACUCCUACACAGCUCUGUCACACACUUAUUCCGGCUCUCCCUGGGCACCAUUUCCACUAUCGGGGAUCCUCAUUGUAUCUGCGUUUUGCCAGGUGGACGCACUCCCCGCAGUCACCAUUUCCACCCCGGAGAGUUCCACGCUGGCAGCGCAGCCCCUUCCCAGGCUGAGCAUCGGGCGGAAGACCCUGGUGGCAGCUGCUGUGGGGGUCAUGCUGGUCCUGGUUCUGGUCGUCCUCAUCCCUGUGUUGGUCAGCUCUGUUGGCACAGGUGGUAUAGAUGACAGCACGAGCCACUACGAGAUGCUGGGCACCUGCCGCAUGGUUUGUGACCCAUUUCCCAGCACGGGCACCACGGGUCAAGGUGUGCACACGGGCACAGAUACAGCGCCUACAGUCUUACAGGUGGAAAACGAGGACGAUCUGAGUGAUCACAGCAUCGGUCCACCGCUGCCCACAUACAGUGCUCACGGCCCGCAAGGGAAACCAGGACGUCCCGGCAAGCCCGGACCCCCGGGUCCACCUGGAGAGCCAGGACCACCAGGACCUAAAGGACCACCCGGAGAUGCUGUGGACAUUGUACGGACAGGGAUUCUAGGUUUAGGGGGUAAAGGGGCAGUUAGUACAACUACAUACAAUACCACUCCUCGGGUGGCUUUUUAUGCAGGACUACGAAACCCUCAAGAAGGUUAUGAUAUACUGCGCUUUGAUGACGUGGUGACUAACAUUGGUGGUAACUAUGAAGGCGCAACGGGCAAAUUCACCUGUAAGAUCCCUGGCACCUACUUUUUCACCUACAAUGUGCUGAUGAGAGGAGGAGACGGCACUAGCAUGUGGGCUGACCUGAUCAAAAAUGGCCUGGUCAGGGCCAGUGCCAUUGCCCAGGACCAGGACCAGAGUUAUGACUAUGCCAGCAACAGUGUCAUACUUCAUCUGGAUGCAGGUGAUGAAGUUUUCAUAAAGCUGGAUGGGGGAAAGGCUCAUGGGGGCAACAGCAACAAGUACAGCACCUUCUCAGGGUUUAUUCUCUAUGCCGACUGAAGACUGGACGGGACAAGGGGUGAACGGUCACAGCCAGCAGACGAUCACUUUCUGAUGUGGAGUAAGAUUAAUGUUGCCCACAGCCACUGAUCCACAGCUAGAUAUUUAAGAUCAGCAUUAAUAUGGUAAUAAUAGCUGUGGAUUUGUGGCUAUCGGUUAACUGUCAUGCCCACAUGCCAUUGUAUACAGGGUGCCUAUGCUGCUAUUCUGAUGGACACGAGCAACGUAACAGUGUCAGUCACUGCCAUGUGUCAUAUUGAGAUACGGUAACAACUCUGACAGUGCAGAAGCUUUGCCAUCAUUUUUGAGCUGUCAUUUAAAAUUUAAGUCUGAAAAUCCCACAGUCGUGGUGACUACAGUGUUUGUAAAUGUGCUGUUUGGAUUUAUGCUGCGAUUCUGUUUCUUUCUCAUGCUCUUUGUAUUAUACAGUGUUGUGCAUCAGUGACUGAAGAAUCAUAUGUUGUCACAAGAAAUGAUAAUUUGUCAUAAACUGGAUGCCACAAUGAGAUUUUGGUGCUUGAAAGGCCGCCAGUGUCACAAAAUGUAUCGUGUCGCAUAUCAUAUCAGCUCAUUAUAUUUAAUGUUAGUGUAUAAAAUGUAAAUUUGAUAUUGAAUCUUAAUGUCUGAACACAGGAAGAGUAGUUUCAGCACUGCACACACUGUAUUUCCUAUUGUGUGUCCUUAAAAACAGCUAAACUGUUAAUAGAUAGUUGUACAAUUUUACCACGUAGCGGUUAAAGUGCUUGCUCGUAAAGCUUUAUUUAUUUAAUUCAUGCAUGCAACGCCUGCUAAAAUGUUAAAAAUAGUGAUUUUAAACAAAGUUUAAAUAGCUACAUGUAGGAAGCAUUUACCGCUGUUGCUUUUCAUUUUAAUGUCCAUGGUUUUUCAUUAAAAGUUCAAUUUCUUUUGCAUUUCCUCACAUAUUAUGUGGUUAAUAUCACUCAGCUCAUCUACUUUUUGAUAAGCCGUUCUGAUCUCUCCCUUUUCGGCGAAACCAGCCUUUAUUCUUCCAAAUGUUACACACAAGAGAGCCACGCAAGCGCAGCGAGAGGCAAUCAAUGCAGAGACGAUCACUGUGGGGGAAAGGAGGGGAAAUCACAGCUGUGUUAAAUGCCAAAUGAAGCAGGAGAUGAUUGUGUUUCACAAUCAAAGGAGGGAUGCGUUUCUUCCUCUAAUGGGUGUGGAGACGCUGAGAUAUGGCGGGAAAGAAAAAAACAGACAGGGGGACGGGUGUUAGAACGUAUCAUGACGAAGCUUAGAUCAGCGUCGCGAAGUAAUCCAGGGCAAAUUAGCCUCUGCUGUGACACAAGUGUCACGGACAAGAAAAUAGCUUCGAGGCCCAAACUGUAAAAACCAAUACCCUCUUUUCUUUUUGUUUUCUUUUCUGAAGAGCCACUUUGAUAUUACAAAAGUCGCCUUUGACACGGGCAACAAAACUGCCUCUAGGUUAAGAAGUUUCGAAUUUAAGCAAAAGUUGAUAUAAUUGUAAAAACCCUUAAAUAGCACAGAAAGAAGAAUUAAAAAUUUAAAUCAGAGUCUCUUCCACCCAUCAUAUAUGGUUGCUAGAAGGAGCUUUACUUAGGAGGAGAUAAUGAAUGCCUAGCGAGCCAGUGGGUGCCGUGUUUCUCGGUUCCUACCCAGGCAGCACCAUUUAGCCUAAACCAAAAGGUUAUACCUGAGACUAUCACCCACUGUGAUGAUACGGUAAGGCUGUGAUAGGCUUCUUUGCCUCCAGAAUAUCCUCUCUGAUUGGUAUGAUAGCAUGGUUUUGAUUAAAAUGAUAGAAAAAAACCUGAUUGCCACACUGAGUUGUGUUUUCCUAAGCCAGGAAGCUCUCUGGGCUAAACUUAAGCAUGUCUUAAGACGGGAAAAUUCCUCCAGACACAAUUAGGACUGAAGGUCCAUACAUAAGCAGAGGUCACCCGAGCCACGGGGCAGUUGAGCACUAGCUCAGGCUGUUUUCUUCUUGCA